GUGCCUUCCUCUUUCCUUCGUUAUGCGUUGGACCUACCUAACUUUGUUUCGCCGUCUUGUUAUUUAUUCCUUCCCAACUUGUGACGCGUAUCUUGACUUGUUCAACGCGUUAUAUUUUUAUCAACCACGCCGAGUUGUUUCGUCGUUUCUUUCAUUCUUCACCUUUUUUCACCAUCUACACCAGUUCCCCAGAACAAACUUCAAGACGGCGAAGUUCAUCACCAGCACAUUUUCCCCUUUGCCUACAUUGUUUGAUUUCUAAUACAGUCAUCAACACGACUUGUUGUCUUAGGCCUUCCAUUCAAUAUGGAGGCUGGUAACCACCAUAUCGCGUCACGCGAUAAUAUUAUCGCCGAUCAGGAAACCACAAUCACUCAUGACACCGCCAUGGCUACUUCUGUUCCUGGCAAUGUCAAUCUUAACAAGGACAUUUCCGAGUCUGACGAGGUAAUUGAGAAAGCACUUGAUACUCUCGACGCAUCGAUUGCCAGUGUUGUCCUUCCUUCGCGCCCCCUUACCUUGAUUAAGGAACGUGAUAAUUUCACGAGACCCACUACCUCUGACUCUCAAGCCCCCAAGCAUAAGACACCUGUUGUCAACUUCCACGUCGACAGUGAUGUCUUCAUUCAGGUCAAGGCUGCUUCAGGCCAAGUUACCUUCAAGGUUUCCUCUGCCAACCUUGCGUUCGCAUCACCAGUAUGGCGAUCCAUUAUUUAUGGAGACCACACGACACGAUCCGACGCAGAGGAUUGGGUUAUCAAGGUCGAUGGUAAUCCCCAGGCCCUUCACACAGUAUUCGAUAUCAUCCAUUACAAAUUUAAUGGAGUUCCCGAAGUAACCAGCCUCGACGAGCUGUAUGAGAUUGCGGCGGUCACCUCCCAGUACCUUUGUACCCACCUUGUUUACCCCUGGGCUCGCAAAUGGCUCAAGAACUUCUCAUCCUACGCUGCGGAUGUGGACUGUCAUCAUAAUUGCCACAAGGCAGUAUUCAUCGCCUGGGUCUUCGGAGAUGUUCAGCUCUUCUCCGAUAUGGCUGAUGCACUGACCGUUAGCGCUAAGCUGAAUGCUAAUGGAGAGCUUGUAAACGUCGACGACAAGCCGUUGAAGAAGAUGGUCCUGCCUUAUGGUCUACCUAAUGACAUUGCGGAAACCCGGCUAGCUACCAUUAGUAAGAUGCUGGAUGCUCUUAAUGCACCCUUCAAGCAAACCGCCUCGAAGGUUAAAGACCGAAAGGCGUCUUUCUGCAAGUUGAACACACAACAGAGAGAAUGUGAGGCCAUGAUGCUUGGAUCUGCCAUCCCCACCAUGGUGACCGAGGGCAUCUUUCCUGUUCCCAAUCCAUCACACUACCUUGACAGCAUUGGGGCAUUAAAGAGCAAGAUUGAGGCCAUCCACACGAUCACGUAUGCUGGGAAGGACUGGAAGCCUCAUCUGUCGCACAGUGGCUGCAACCUGGGCUACCAAAAGGCCGUAUCCAAGUGCCUUAAAGGGAUGCCAGUACUCCUACAGGAUGAGUACAUAAAGCAUCUCGUGGUCCAAGCCAAGAUCUCUGGCAUCGAUAACCGUGCCCAGUCGGAAGAGUGCCUCCGACGAUGUCUCUCAACCCCGGGUGACCGUCCCGAAUCGGCCGGCUCCGAGCUCAACUCAAAGAGAUCAGACUGUCAUGAAUCGGGCAGCGGAGAAGAUGUACCCUUCGGCAAACUGCGAAUUUGAUUGAUUGAUUAUGGCGCUAGGAGGGUCAUGCUGUAUUUAAAAUGUCACGGUUGUUGCUUUUUCUUUUUCUUUCUUUACGGCAGGAUUUUCGGAUGAAGUCUUGAGUACGAGACAUGGCUUGAGGCGUUUAGGUUCGGGGGGAACGCGGUAUCAUGACAAGGAACGUGUGUACAUAAUGGUGUGGGCUCAACACCUGGAUCCUCCUCGUGGCCAUCGCUAGGUAUAAUGAGAACUCACCCCCACGCAUGUGUUGCUGUUAUGCAUAAU